UCACUGCUGUGUGUUCCUCGCAACAGCAAUAUAAUCUAUACUUUUUAUAAGUUUUUCGAAUGCCGUUUACGUUUUUUUAACAAAGGCCCGUUAUUUAGAAGGGCUGGCUCACUGUGCUUGAUAUGGUUCUCCACGUGGUCAUCCGGGUCCUUCAACUCUCACGAGACUCAGUCGAAGCCGCCAUUUUGGAGAGAACAACUUCUUUCUCCAUCUCUCAAAAUGUCGCGUAGUACGAGAGUUUACUUUGGCAGACUACCGCGAGACUGCAGAGAACGAGAUCUAGAGAAGUUUGUCCGCGGAUAUGGAAGAGUCCGUGAGAUUAGCAUGAAGCUUGGCUAUGGUUUUGUUGAAUUUGAUGACUACAGAGAUGCUGACGACUGUGUUUACGAUUUAAACGGGAGGAAUUUACUUGGCGAAAGAGUUGUGGUUGAACAUUCACGAAACCCUUCAAGAGGAUCAGACUAUGGCUACAGAAGAGACAGUAGUUCAAGGUCAAGGUCUUCCCGUAGAGGCAGGACCCCUCCAAUAAGAACAGAGCACAGACUUGCUGUAGAAAACCUAUCCUCACGGUCAAAUUGGCAGGACCUGAAAGAGUACAUGGGCAAAGUUGGAGAAGUCACAUUUGCAGAUGCACACAAGAGAAGGCAGGGGGAAGGUGUUGUGGAGUUUGCCACUAAAGAUGAUAUGAAAACUGCUCUGAAGAAACUAGAUGACACAGAAUUCUUUGGAAAAAGAAUACGACUUAAAAUUGAGAAGGUCAAAGGGAGAUCUCGCAGUAGAAGCAGGAGUCGCUCAAGACGCAGGAGAAGCCGAUCUCAUUCAAGAUCCAAGAGUGGUUCUCGUAGCCACUCUCCCAAGCGAAGGAGGCACUCGUCAUCAUCUCCACAAAAGUCCAAGUCCCACAGAUCACGGUCACGAUCAGGCUCCAAGGAAAAGGAGCAUGACAAGUCUAAAUCCAGAUCCCGGUCCAAGUCCAGAUCAAGAUCGCCUGAAGACCACAGCAAGGGAUCCAUGUCACCACAGAAGGACAGAGAGGGGGAUGCAUUGAUGGAAGACAGAGAGGAUGACCAGAAGGAUGCCGAGGAGAAGGAAGAAGUGGCCGAGGCCGGUGCUGAAGAGCAGCAGGAGACAAAGCAGAAUGGGGAGGAGGAGGAGGAAGAAGCUGAGGAUGUGAAUGAUGACGAACAGCAGCAAGAGGACGGGGAGGAGGAGGCCACUGAAGUUAUCGAUGAAGAAUAGGCAGCAGGCUCUAAUAUAUAGCGCAGGAUCCAACAAAGACUGACUUGAUCUGUUGGUGAAGUCUAUACAGCCCUUUCAUUAUUUUAUACAACCAUAAGCUUCAUACACUUUAUAGUACUAUAUGUAUGCUAUAGACCUUGAUGUUUGCAAAGCAGCUCUAGAAUUUUGGAGUGUCGAAUAGCAAGGCUGUAAAACAUACACAAAAUGCGUUUCCUCUCUACUAUAGUCAGUUGUAAAUAGACAUGUACACAUCUACCCUUUUGUUUAUUUUUUUUUACUCAUAAAAUACGGCUUGUGUUGAAACUAUGCAUUAUGAAUGGUGCGAAAGACUGUUACAAACGAGCUUUGUUGCUUUAUCAUUUUUUUAAAUUGAAAAUUGCAUGUGUAAAUCAGUAGCCUUAAAUAAAGUGUUCCUGUAUUUCA